AUGUGCGAUACACCGUUCCCUAUGACACUACUUCAUUUUGAACGUUUCGGGCGGAUAGCCUACUCGCGAAUGAUCCAGACGUUGCAAUAUUCCACCAGGCUUUCAGGUGAAAGCUGCAAUUAUAUGAUUGGUAGUAAUGAGCGUUUCAGGCUAUGCCGGGAUGUGGGGGUAUUUUCUUCAGAAACAUACCCAUCUGGGCAUUAUCCAGCUUCUGCGGCAACGUUGUAA